AUGCCGUCGCGGAAAGAGACAACGCGUCACCAUGCAAGGGAUAUUAAACUCAAAGAAAAAAUUAAAAAGUGCAAGGAACAUCGAAAAUUACGUAAAAUGCGCAAAGAAAGCGGGACUCCUGCCGGUAUUCCUCAGACACUUGAGACCCUACGCACACUGGACGAAACGGUGACUGCGAAGGAUGACCCGGAUUUGGUUGCGGAGGAAGAAGUUGAUGAGGUUUGUCCCAUUUAUCGUGGAGAGAAAUCACCAAAGAUAUUGUUGACGUUCUCGGAUCGUGUUUGUCCCCGAACUGUCGGAUUUUGCAAAGAAUUAGUCAAAGUUAUCCCAAAUAUCAAACUGGCUGCCAGAUGGCAUUUACCGCUGAAAAAAAUCAUACCCAAGGCAAUCACUCAUGGUUUCACUGCUUUAAUCGUUAUAAACGAAGAUCAAAAGCGAGCUAACACCAUGGUUAUGAGCCACUUACCUCAUGGUCCAACCGUCACUUUUCGCCUUUCAAAUGUUCGAUUACGGCGUGAGAUGCGAGGUCGUCGCCGUGUCAAAGAUAUCGAACCGGAUAUCGUCCCACAUCUGAUCACUACCCGUUUUACUACACGGCUUGGUCGCCGCACGGAACGCUUGAUUGGUGCAUUAUUUCCAAACGAAAGCCGACAAGCUCCCGAAGGUCACAGCCGGACUGUUGUGUUUCACAAUCAACGUGACUUCAUAUUUUUCCGUCACUUCCGAUAUCAGCAUCGCGUUGCGGGCGCAAGCGAUCCACAAGAACCAGGAAAGGAGCGUAUUGCAAUGAAUGAG